AUGAGUUACAUUUACCAAACGAGGCAUUUUUUUCCCCCAAAAAUCCACCCCCAUCUCUCCUUUCCCAGGUUGCAUCCCCCCUGGACCCCCCCAGCCAUGCAGCACAGCUCUAUCCACUGGUUUCGGAAAGGUCUCCGGCUGCACGACAACCCGGCGCUGCUGGCAGCGGCCACCGAUUGCCGCCACCUUCAUCCCCUCUUCAUCCUCGACCCAUCCAGCAGCCGCGCAGGCACCAACGCCUGGCGGUUCCUCCUCGAUGCCCUGCGGGACUUGGAUGGGAGCCUGCAGGAAAUGGGCUCCAGGCUGUUCGUGGUGCAGGGCUGCCCAGAGGAGGUGUUCCCCUGUCUCUUCCAUGCCUGGGGGACAACACGGUUGACCUUCGAGGUGGACACCGAACCCUCUGCCCGCCGGCGCGAUGCCACCGUGGCCAAGCUGGCGGAACGGCACGGCGUGGAGGUGAUCCAGGAGGUGUCCCACACCCUCUACGACACCGAGAGAGUCCUUGCCUUGAACGAUGGCAAAGCCCCCCUGACCUACAAGGGCCUGCAGAGCCUCCUGGCAUCCCUCGGACCCCCGGAGAAGCCAGCCCCGACACUCACAUUGGAGCACCUCCAGGGCUGCCACACCCCAUGCCAGGUCAGCCAUGACACCGAGUACGGGGUCCCCACCUUGGAGGAGCUGGGCCAGGACCCCACCGAGGUGGGUCCUCACCUCUACCCCGGCGGGGAGAGAGCAGCACUCGCCCGGCUCAACGCACUCAUGGACAGGACGGCCUGGCUGUGCAGCUUCAAGAAGCCCGAGACAGAGCCCACCUCGCUGAGCCCCAGCACCACAGUCCUCAGCCCCUACCUCAAAUUCGGCUGCCUAUCGGUCCGCACCUUCUGGUGGUGGCUGCACGAAGUCUACCAGGGGCGGGAGCACUCCCAGCCCCCUGUCUCCUUGCACGGGCAGCUCCUCUGGAGGGAAUUUUUCUACACUGCCGGCGCUGGCAUCCCCAAUUUUGACAGGAUGGUCAGCAACCCCAUCUGCCUGCAGGUCGACUGGGACAACAACCCCCAGCACCUCCGUGCCUGGAGGGAGGGCCAGACAGGCUACCCCUUCAUCGACGCCAUCAUGACCCAGCUGCGCACCGAGGGCUGGAUCCACCACCUUGCUCGGCAUGCCGUUGCCUGCUUCCUCACCCGCGGGGACCUUUGGAUCUCCUGGGAAGAAGGGCUGAAGGUCUUUGAGGAGCUCCUGCUGGACGCUGACUGGUCCCUCAAUGCCGGCAACUGGCUGUGGCUGUCAGGCAGUGCCUUCUUCCACCGAUAUUUCCACAUCUACUCACCCGUCGCCUUCGGCAAGAAGACAGACCGGGACGGGGCAUACAUUCGAAAAUACCUCCCUGUCCUCAAGGACUUCCCCGCCAAGUACAUCUACGAACCGUGGAAAGCACCACGGGCUGUGCAAGAACAGGCAGGCUGCUUGGUGGGCACCCACUACCCCCCAGCCCAUCGUGGAGCACGGGGCGGUGAGCAAGAGGAAUCUGGGGCGCAUGAAGGCGGCCCGCGCCCAGAAAGGCACCAAGCGGGAACAACCAGCUGGCCCCUCAGUAGCUGAAUCACGAAGGAAAAAGCCCAAGGCUGAGCAGCACUGACCCCCACAGGGACACCCAGCCGUGGGUCAGGCACCACUUGUCCCGUUUUGACCCAUUUCGCUCAACUGCCUCGCAUUAAUCCCUUCCCCUCUCCUACCCCAAGACCGGUGACUUCGAUGCUGCCACCACCCCAAAAACCAACUCCCCACCCAAGGAUGUGCCCCAGAGGGCAAACGCCGCCCCGCAAACCUGAGUCCCCAAGGGACAACACCCCAUUGGAUCAACCUCCACCCCUACCUCAGUGGUAAUAUAAUCAUUAUUAAAGGGAGCAGAGUAA